AUGACUGUUGAAGAUGACAUUGCCAUGGAUGACAAGCCUGCAAUUGUUGUGCUAAGGUGUGUUGCUGAAAUUGGGCAGGACAGGGAGGGAGUGAGCUCAUUACAGGUGAAACCACCUUCUGCCCCCAUCCCUCAUACCUCUAUUGAUUAUUUUCCGAUUUUACAAAAGGUAGCAGUCCCUAUUGAAGACAUGCAAAGGAUACACCUGCGCUUCAUGUUCAGACACAGGUCAUCUCAGGAAUCUAAAGAUAAAGGAGAAAAGAAUUUUGCUAUGGCCUACAUAAGACUAAUGAAGGAGGAUGGAACAACUCUUCAGGAUGGCAUCCAUGACUUGUUAGUCCUAAAGGGGGACAGUAAAAAAAUGGAGGAUGCUAGUGCUUAUUUGACACUACCUUCUACACGUCAACACAUAGAAAAUAAAGGAGCAACCAUAGUCAGGAACUCAAGUAUUGUAGGGGGGCUCUCAGUAAGCUCACGAGAUGCGUUUUAUAUUUCAACUCUUGUUUGUUCUACAAAGUUAACUCAGAAUGUGGGCUUACUAGGUCUCUUGAAGUGGCGUAUGAAGCCAGAGCUUGAAGAAUCUAUGAGGAGACUCUUUGAAUCCAUCAACAACCUGAUGAAAAGCCAAUAUAAAACUGCUAUUUUGUUGCAGGUUGCUGCCUUGAAGUACAUACCAUCGGUUCUUCAUGAUGUUGAAAUGGUCUUUGAUGCCAAGUUACUGAGCCAGCUACUAUACGAAUUUUACACUUGCAUUCCACCAGUGAAACUACAGAAGCAGAAAGUGCAGUCCAUGAAGGAAAUAGUACGCAGCAACCUUUUUAAAAAACAAGAAUGCAGGGACAUUCUGCUUCCUGUGAUUACAAAAGAGCUGAAGGAAUUACUGGAACAGAAGGAUGAUCAGCAGCUCCAGGUCCAGGAGAAGAAGUACUGUGUUGAAUUACUCAAUAGCAUCCUGGAGGUUCUGAGCUGUCAAGACCCUGCAUCAACUUAUCACCAUAUUCAAGAAAUAAUGGUACAGUUAUUACGCACAGUGAACAGAACUGUUAUUACAAUGGGACGAGAUGAUCGCUUAAUAGUGAGUAAUACUUUAAUGUCUUUUUAA